CUUCUGGUGCAUAACACUCACGCUGUCACUCUACCAGUCCCUUCCCUUGUUUGUUACCCUUGUUCAUUCCAUACAACAACAAACACAUCAACAAAUACGGCUUCACACUACAAUACUACGGUGUACACACACCUUGUGAUCCGUCGCAAGUACACACCUUUCCAUACAAAUCACAUCACCUCACAGAGUCUAGCAAGAUCUAUGUCCACUAGAAGUAGUAGUAGAUAUAGAUCUAGUGUUACAAGAGCUGCGUCUACUACCACUCUAACUAGCCGAACUAGUACUUAAGUACUAAGAUCUUUUAUUACUCUAAUCAAGCCUAGAAGUCUAAUGGAGUUAAAAAUAAGUAAUUUAGCAGUGAUAGUAGAGCUAGUACAAAAUAAGAAGCUACUCAAAUGAUUGUUUGUAGGAAAAAAGUCACAGAAAAAAGUCACAAAUGUGUAUGUAUUUGCAUUGAAUUUGUUAAAAUUUUAAAAAAUUUAUCUUUCAGAAUCUGCAAAUCAACAUACGAUUAUUAAAUGCAAUGUAAAAUUUUUAAAUAUAUCAAAAACUGUGAAAUUUUUCUGCUAACCAUGCAAAAAAGGCUAUUGACAAUGCCAGGUCUACAUGGUUCCUAAAUGGCAGCAGACUUAGAACUGAGUGUAGGUGAUGUUUUUGAUGAUUUUGGAAGUUUAAAAUGGGCUGUGGAACUAUUUGAAAAAUCUCAAAAGUCCAAUUAUUGGAUUAGAGAUUGUCGUACUAUAGAAGCGGCGCAGAAAAAAGGGAUAAAACGUCCAAUGAAAGAGUCGCUGGUGUACUACAAUUUAACAUGGGCAUGUGUUAAGGGUGGUCGUAGUUAUGAUGAAAGUACACGCUCACCAAGAGGAGACUGUGGCUCUUACAUAAAAGUUGCAGUGAGCAAGGAUGGACAAAAUUUAGUGGUUAAAGAUAUCUGUACAGUCCACAACCAUGACACAUCUCAAGAAACCUUUGAACGGAUGCCAAAGCAAAAACGCCUCACAAGGGACCUUUGUUCAGAGUUACAAGAUUUUCAGAAAAUUAAGAAAGAAAUAGUAUUCAGUUCCUCAGUUGAAAAUAUAAUUCAAAGAAGUUUCAUUAAGAAAUCUCCUAAAGCUGUUAAAAUGAGAAAAUUAAAUUGUGGUGACUUUGAAAGCACAAAAAAGUUUCGCACACGCCCCAAAUCAUUUCAAGAUUUUAUUGAAAGUCUUAAAGAGAGUGAAGAUAUAUCUGUGGAGUACAUGUCAGACGACAAAGGCAACAUGAAAUGUUUGUUCUGGCAAGACUCUGUGAUGAGGACCAGAUUUGAUAUUUUUCCUGAAUUGCUCAUAGUGGGCUGUGUGAACAAUGUCAACAAGUUAAAAACAUCUCUCGUUUUCCUGGUGAUAAUCAACGGAAACGGAGAAAGUGAAAUAGUAGCGCUGUUUCUCACAGCUACGGAUGAUGUGGAGACAUUCACUUCCAUGAUGGACAUAUUCAGGAACCACAACCCUGGCUGGUUAAGGACUAGAACUGUGUUAGCUAGCUAUGAACUUAAACACAAGUGUGUUUUCAGAUCUUGUUUUCCAGAUGCCAGUUUGCAUAUGUGUAGAUCUCAAGUGCUGGACGAGAUGAAGAAAGAUUUAGCCUUAGAAAAAGUAAACAUUUCACCAGUUGAAAGGGUGGGAGUUCUGUCCAUCUUUGACAAAAUGGCCCAUGCGCAGAAUUUGUCUGCAUACGAUGAAGCCUAUGAUGAGCUCCAACACACUGGGUUAUCAAAAGUACUGAUUUAUUUUAAUAAAAAAUGGCAUCCAAUUCGUGAGGAGUGGGUCAGCGGAUUGAAAACUUCUGUUCAUUUUAACAAUGAGACGACAAGCUGUUUAGAUACUGUUUCUUUCAGAGUUAAAGAAAUGAUUAAAAAAUUCUCGCCCUUGCCCCAUUUUUGUCAAGAUCUUCAAAAAUUACUUCAAACAGUCAGAGAAGAAACUGACUCUCGCAUAAUUCAUGACAUUAAUAAUAGUUUAAGGAGUAGUUAUGAUCCUGGCUCUGUUGAGCAGCGGUUCUCAAACUUCUUAACACCCUAUGCAUUUGGCAAAAUAAUGAAACAACUACAUUGUAGUUUGGAUUUAAAAGUGGACACAGAUAUUUGUGAUGUUAAUAACCCUAUCAGUAUUAUAACUCCCACUGGAGAUAUAAUGGUUUCUGCAUCAUCCUGCUCAUGUCAGUAUUUCAGCACUAGUUGGCUUCCUUGUCAUCAUAUUUUUGCUUUUAGACGCAAAGUCGGGCUGGACCUUUUUUUCGAAGAUAUUGCUCAGCGAUGGCAACUAUCAACAUUAAAAUUAAUUCUACAAAACUGCAGGCCGCCGUUACAAUCAAACAGUCUGAAAACCGACAAAAACUUCAAAUCACAAAGUGUAGCUAAUCAGCCUGACCCAUCAAGUUUUCAUUACCGUAAAGCUCAGUCAUCGUAUUCACAAAAUCAUAUCAAUGGACAACAGUCUGAGAUGUCACAAGCACAGAAGUUUGAAUCCUUGUUGUUGUAUGCUCAAAGACUGGCCCAGCUUGGCAGUGAUGUCCCAAUGGGGAAGUUUGUCAAGAGAAGGGAAGUCUUGUCCCGACUGGUCGAGACGUGGGAGAGGGGGGAAGAUGAUGAUGAACCAUCGGCACCUAAUUCAUAUCUCUCAUCUCAAGGCCAGAUGGAAGAUCUGGGACUUCACAAUGUUGCGUCUACUUUGGCCAACCAGAUUCAACCAUUUCAAAUACAUGGACCAAAUUUGACCAAUGAAAAUCAAAUGAGCUCAUUCAUAGCGAAAGAUAGACCAUACCAUGUACCUUAUCAUCAGCAGGAUCAUUCUAAUCUCAACAUGGGAAUGAUGGAGCAUAUAUCUCCAUGGCCACAUGUCGUCUUGUAGCUCUGGAGCUACACCGUCACUCAUACCACCAAUCUAGUCCACAUUAUUUAUAACUGCUGCUGUAAAACAAUGUUACUAAUAAUUAUUUUAAAAUUUUAGCUAUGAAAUGUUAUAAAGAUUUUAUGUAAAGAUUAAACAACUUUUAAUCUUUAAUA